AUGGCGACCUGCUCUAAGAGGAGUCGCUUCAGUGCUGAAGAUGUUUUAGGUAACAGUGAUCGUGGAGGAAUGUCAAGUGGAGAGCAAUCGGACAUUGACCGCCAACUAAUGGAUUUGGACGAAUCGAUGAGGUGAGUCUAAAAUAUGUUACGCGGCCGUGUCGGAAAUAUUUUGCGUGUUUGGGAAGCAAUGUAAUUUUAGUCGAUAUGUUCAUAUGUUGUCUUUGAAACAUUGCUUAUAAUAUCAAGAAAUUGUUCAGAGAUGCAUUGAGCACUUUUCUUGGGUAAAACGGUUGUGUUAUGAGCGAGAAAUACAAAAUCUUGCGAGCGCUGCAGAGCUCUCAGCUAGAUUAAUGCAUGGCUCCGUCCACGUAUUGACCUUUAUGCACCACGCGGGAGGCGCGCGUGCCUCUUGAUAAUAUUCGUCAUUCACGUGGGCGUAUUAAAGUUUCAAAAUGCUUCUUUCAAAAUGUCUUUUUGCAUGGGUGGGCAAAUUGAACUAAAACUUAGGACCAUACUUUAUACAUUGCAGAGUACCUGUAUAUCAAAUCAAUUUUAAAUUUUGCGCCAAAAUCCGAAUGCGUUAAUAUAUUAUUAUUAUUAUGAUUAGAGUUACGCGUAUUACUGUCAAAUGGCUCUUGUCAAACAGCAGAUAAUAGCAAGAUGUAGCGUCUGUAAAUUCACUUGCGUCUCACAAAUAAAUACACGAAGUAUUGUUGUGCAAAACUGACUCAAAUUUUAAAUAACUAUAUAUACUAUAUAUAUCAACGAAUGUUUGAAAUGGGAAAGUAUUUGGUUUUAUAAAACUUUUAUUGAUCUCGUUCGGAUUUGUAGUGCAUUCCUCAUAUAAUAUUUUUCCGGUUUGAUAAAUACCUACAAUUAUGCAAUAGAGGAUUUAGUUAACACGAUAUGCCCCUAACUCGUCUGUAUAUUUAUAGUUGUAUAUGUCGUCUACGUAUUUCUUAAACAUUUUCACAGUUAAAUUUCUUCACAUCAGUAGCAAUCUAAUCACAAUUUCGUAUCCUCUUGACGAUAUAAAUAUUGCAUAUGUUUUAAAUCGUCAGUAAUAAAUCUAAUAUUGUUCGUUCUGACAGCCAAAUUAUUGCUUUUGAAGCGGUAAAGAUUUGAGAUUCCUGUUGUUGCGUGAUCAUCUUACAACAUUGGAAUGUUAAUUUUGUAUAUUUAUGUGUGUAUCCGCUAAACUUCCAAUGCAGGCUCAUAAUGAUGGCGGCGAACUAAAGUGAUCGCGUGGAAGAAAACACGUUUGCUUCGCUGACCGCGGUUUUUAGUCAAUUUAGUACAUUAACAACGCUUUUGUUUAGUGGAAACCUCGCAGUUUACGAAACGAAUCAGCCCCUGCUCCGAGCUGGCUUCGUUUCAAAAUAAUGUGCACUUAUUGACACCAGAGCAUAGUGUUAGUUGCAUAUUAUCGAAAAUAUAUAAAAUUCUGAACGGUGUAGGAACAGGGGCUGAUUGGAUCCAUAAUCUGUGAGUACUAAAGAACGUUAAUGUGAAAAUGUUAGUUUAUCUGAGUGAAUAUCCGCUAGAGGCAGCGGCCUUGUUUUGGCCAUUUGGAUGGAGACCAUUUAAAUGGUCACGUGACUGUUGCCAUGGCAACAAAGGCAUAGAAAAAAAGUAAAAUCCUAUUGUCCUCAUAUACCAACAUUGACCACAUUCAUACAAACUAAACUGAUUUUUUUUAUAAUUUAAUGUAUUUUUGGCUAUAUUUGAAUGGGAGCCAUGCAUUAAUCUACCUGAGCUCUCAGAUUACCGAGCGCCUAAUUAUGUCACACAUGGCCUAUUGUUAUCGACAAAAUUUAAAUACGCAGAUUGAACACUUUGCAUAGAGUUGCGUAUUCCCAGGAAAUGUCUUGUAUAUAUAAUGAGAACAUAUUUGGAGUACUAGAAGUACUAUUUCACGACUGAGCUCUUAUGCUGAAUUCAAUGUUCUCAAGAAACUAUUUGUCAGCUAUCAAUGUUUACUGCAUGACUCAGAUAUACUUAUAUUCACCAAACGGCUUGAGCUAGGGCAUGAAACAAUUAGAAAUAAUACAAAUAUUUAUACUAAAUAGUAUAUACUUGUAACUAUAUAAUGUAAUUCACCUAUGGUGUGAAUUUAUAUAUUUUUUAUUACAUUGAAAUACAUUGAAAAUAUACAUAGAGAAAAAUAGUAUAUACAGUUGUGUUUAUGAGGGUAUGAGGAAAUGGCUUGUAAUCAUAUUUUUUAUUUUUCUUUCAGCUAUGAAGAAGAAUUUCCUGAUCUUGUUCCAAGUGUUGGCGAUGCUGGUGGCGAUGACACUGAGAUGUUGAAUCUCCCAGAAAACGACGAUGCCAAUGCUGAUGAUGAAGAUGAUGACUACAUUCCUGGUGCUGAGAUUGGAACCAGCAGUCCAGUUUGUGGUAGUGGCACAAAAUAG